CCGCUUUUCCUGCCGCCUCUCCUGUGCGCAGCGCUCCGGCCUGGCCGCUCCUCCCUUCCUCAUUUCCUCCCCACAGCUGGAUCUCUCCUUUCGGAUGCUGGCUCUGCCUUCUCCUCUCACACACAUCGCAUUGGACCAAAUAUUUCGGAGGGUGGAAUGACCUACUACCUGUUUUGCAUGGUCUGAAUUACGGGAAUUUUGCACGUCGGAAAGGAGGGGAGUGAAGACGGGAAAAGGAGGCUCUCCAUCCCCCGAGGGAAUUUAUUUUACAGAGGUAUGCCAGUGCCUGAGGUGGCGUCUGACACUGCCAGUGCUGCCACCAUGUUGAGCCCCGUCCUCAAUGCCUCCAAUGGAGAUGGAUCCGAGUCUGAAACCACCUCCGCCAUCCUCGCCUCCGUCAAGGAACAGGAGUUGCAGUUUGAACGUCUGACCAGGGAGCUGGAAGCCGAACGACAGAUUGUUGCCAGUCAGCUGGAGAGAUGCAAGCUUGGCUCUGAGACUGGAAGCAUGACUAGCAUCAGCUCAACAGAAGAGAAAUUCCGCUGGAACAACCAAGCCCAUAUAGAUGGACAGAAGGACAUAGAGGAGGAGCUGACGACAGGCCUGGAGCUGGUAGACUCCUGCAUCCGAUCGCUCCAGGAAUCAGGCAUCUUGGACUCACAGGACACUUCUACAGGAGACAGACAAGGACUUCUGUCCCAAAGCGCUUUGCAGCUCCACCACCAGGAUGCCUAUGCAGCAGCUGGUUACCAUAGUAACCAAGGGCUGGCAGUUGGGGAAUCGAUCACAGGCCGCAGCGGGCAUGUCGGAGGGGCUGUUCACAGCUACAACCAGGUGACGUUGAGCCGUGCAGCUGCCCACUUAGUGGGAACUGACUCCCCCUCCCAGUCCCAGAGAGACGUAUAUGCCCAGCAGGCCCAUGGCAGCGCCUUCCACAUGCCCACUGAGAUCGGCACUGCACCCACUGGACCUCCCAUGUAUUACUCCUGUGCUACCUUGCCUGCACAGCGUGUGAGCUCCCCUCUGCAGGCGGUGGGAUCUCCUACCAAGCUGCAGCGCCUGGGAUCUGCCUCCUCUGACAUGCCCAGCUACGCCACACUACAGAGGGUGUCUUCGCCAAAACAGUCACCCAGCCGACUUGCCAAGUCCUACAGCACCUCAUCGCCCAUCAACAUGGUAGCAUCUGGUGCCGCUGGCUCCUCCUCCCCCCUUCCUAUGGCAGCCUCCCCAGGGGGAAACCACACCUCGUCGCCCAUCCACCAGCUGAGCUCAGUGGUGGGUAGCUACGCCACCCUGUCACCCACCAAGCGUAUGCUGCAUCACAUCGGAGCAGACGGUUACAAGAUUUCCCACGAGCUGUAUGCCAACGCAACCCUGCAAAGGCCUGGUAGCCUGGCAGGUAGAGGCUCCAGAGGUUCCUACAGCAGCCAGCACAGUCACCUGGGCGCCGAGCUCCGACCCCUGCAGUCUCCUGAACACCACAUCGACCCCAUCUACGAAGACCGAGUCUACACCAAACCCAACCUUAGAGGACAAGUGGUGAACCAAUUGUACCAAGAGGUCCUCAACUAUCUGCUCUUUCCUUACGCUCCUCAUCCUGCUUUAGCCCCGCCUUCCCCUGGUGUCGACCCAAUCCCCUUGCAGCGAACGGGAAGCCAGAGCGCCACCGCCACCUUCCAGAGAGGCAGCUUCGCCGCAGGAAGUGGGGCAGCUGACUACGCCAACCCAUACCGUACUCUGCAGUUCUGCCCGUCCACCGAGUCGCCUUACAGCAAGUCGGGCCCCGCCCUCCCCCCUGAGGCCGUUCUGGGCCGGUCUCCAUCAGUGGACAGUAUUCAGAAGGACCCAAGGUACGACCCUGAAUUCCUUGUGUGGAAUCAAAAUCAAGCCGAGCAAAGAAUGACAAAGGAGUUUGGCUGGAGGGAUCCAGAGCUGCCGGAGGUGAUCCAGAUGUUGCAACAUCAGUUUCCAUCAGUCCAGUCUAACGCUGCUGCCUACCUCCAGCACCUGUGCUUUGGAGACAACAAGAUCAAAUCUGAGAUCCGGCGGCAGGGUGGCAUCCAGCUGUUGGUGGACUUGUUGGACCACCGGAUGACCGAUGUGCACCGCAGCGCCUGCGGAGCCCUGAGGAACCUGGUGUACGGCAAAGCCAACGACGACAACAAGAUUGCCCUGAAGAACUGCGGAGGCAUACCAGCUCUGGUGCGACUGCUCCGGAAGACCACAGAUGUGGAGAUCAGAGAGUUGCUCACAGGUGUUUUGUGGAACCUGUCGUCAUGUGACGCCCUGAAGAUGCCCAUAAUCCAGGAUGCCCUCGCCGUGCUGACCAACGCUGUGAUCAUCCCCCACUCAGGCUGGGACACCUCCCCACAUACACAGGAGGACCGCAAGCUGCACUUGCACUCCUCGCAGGUCCUCCGCAACGCUACAGGCUGCCUCAGGAAUGUGAGUUCUGCAGGCGAGGAGGCCCGCAGGAGGAUGAGGGAGUGUGAGGGCCUGACAGAUGCGCUGCUCUACGUCAUCCAGACCGCUCUGGGGAGCAGUGAGAUUGACAGCAAGACCGUAGAGAACUGUGUGUGCAUCCUGAGGAACUUGUCGUACCGUCUGGCAGCAGAGACAUCUCACAGCCAGCAAGGGGGAUCGGAGGAGCUGGACGGUCUGUUAUGUGACACCGGCGGUAAGGACGCAGAGAGUUCAGGAUGCUGGGGCAAGAAGAAGAAGAAAAAGAAGGGACAUGAUCAGUGGGACGGCGUCGGCCCAUUUCCAGACUUGGCGGAGCCCCCGAAAGGCAUCCAGAUGUUAUGGCACCCUACCAUCGUCAAGCCCUACCUCACACUGCUGUCUGAGUGCUCCAACCCAGACACCCUGGAGGGAGCAGCUGGGGCCCUGCAGAACCUAGCUGCUGGCAGCUGGAAGUGGUCGGUGUAUAUCCGGGCUGCAGUGCGGAAGGAGAAGGGCCUUCCUAUCCUGGUGGAAUUGCUGAGGAUAGACAACGACCGGGUGGUUUGUGCCGUGGCCACCGCGCUGAGAAACAUGGCUCUGGACAUUAGAAACAAGGAGCUCAUUGGUAAAUAUGCCAUGAGGGACCUGGUGCACCGUUUGCCCGGAGGCAGCAAUAACAACAACAGUAGCGGCGGGGGAGGAGGCGGAGGAAGCACCAACAGCAGCACCCUGGCGGGAAAGACCAUGUCGGACGACACCAUUACGGCUAUCUGCUGCGCACUGCACGAAGUCAUCACCAAGAACAUGGAGAACACCAAGGCCCUGAGGGACGCCGGCGGCAUCGAGAAGCUCAUCGGCGUCGCCCGCAGCAAAGGAGACAAAAUUCCCAGACAUAGUCCUAAAGUGGUGAAAGCAGCAUCUCAAGUCCUGAACAGUAUGUGGCAAUACAGAGACCUCCGCAGCCUCUACAAAAAGGACGGCUAUUCCCAGUACCAUUUUGUCGGCUCUUCCUCCACAAUAGAGAGAGACAGACAGCGACCUUAUUCUUCUUCUCGUACUCCGUCCAUCUCUCCCGUACGGACCUCACCCAACCAUCGAUCAGCGAGCGCCCCUACUUCCCCGAGGGAGAUGAUGGCAUUGAAGGAGAGGAAGGCAGACUACGAGUCGACUGGCAAUGCCAGUUACCAUGGCAACAAGGGCGAACACACAUCCCGAAAGGACGCCAUGAUGGGUCAGCUCUCCAGCGGGUCUUCCACGCUGCACAGAGGAGCAUACGUGUCGCCCACUGAUGACCUAAAGUAUAAUCAGAUCUCUUCUCAAGGCCUGCCUUCAGAACCUUACCCUCCUUUCCAAAAUCCCCCUCCGCCUGACAGUGUCAACUACGAGGACCAGGCUUUCUACGAGAACCAGGUUCAUGCCGCCGGGCGCCCACCGCAGGGAGACCUAAACAUGCACCUGCAGGGCCUCAAGUCCACCGGCAACUAUGUAGACUUCUACUCAGCCUCACGGCCCUACAGCGAGCUCAACUAUGAGACCAGCCACUAUCCGGCCUCACCAGACUCCUGGGUCUAAUGGGAGAUGAGGAUGGAGGAGGAGAGGAUGGAUGGGGGAAGGGGGUAGUUUAAAGAGUGAGAGAGAAGAUGAUAGGACAGUUUCCCUCCCUUUCCUCCCCAUCCUCCUCUGUAGUUCCUGAGUAGCAUCAUAGAUAGCAGGACGACAGAAGGGGAGGAUGGAGUGCAGGAAAAGAGACAUGAAGAGAAAAUCUCCUGUCGUAGACAUCUGAGGAAGGAGGGAGAGCGGACAAAGGAGGAUCAGAAGCAAACAGAGGAGCAGCCAUGCAUGUGCAUGCACACCACCAACAAAUCUAACGGACACAUUUUCUUUCUGUGUUUAGUUUUGGAUCAACUACUGCUGCAAGGUUCAGCAGACAGAAAGACCUCCUGCACCUGAAGGGCUCUGAAUACAGAACGUAAGAGGGAGGGGCAUGAUAAAAGGGAACAUGAAGGGAAUGUUGGAAAAAGUGGGAAAUAUAUGGAGAUGAAGAAGGACAAUGAAAGAGAAAAAUGAAGCAGUGGACUCGAGAAUAGAAAGUUUUGAAUUGUGAAUGGAACGUGUGAGACAUACCCAGGAGAAACCUGUACAUAUGUGGUAUAGCAACAUGGCUUUCCGUAAUGUGAAGCACAAGAAGCAGAGCUGUAGGAACAUGUAGGAUGUAUGUCACACAAAUCUUUGUUUCUCUCUGUGGCUUCAAUGUGAUUCAUCCUCCUCUGUGCAAAGAAGGCUUCUGGACUUUGUCAUUUGUUACAGUUUUUUUUUGUGUUUCUACUUUUUUAAUUCUCAAUUCUGGUUGUAUAGUAUUUGAUGUACACUGUACAUUUGCAAAGAUGCAUUGUGUACUGUACAUUGCACUAUUUUCUGUGUCAUGUCAGGCCUUUCGUCACUGGGUCAACCUCAUUUCGUCACUAACUAUUCCCCGUUAAAAACACUCACAAAUACACACAAUAUCUGCACUCAGACUUUCAAAAUUCAUAUCACAGCUACGGAAGGAUGUCCACAUGUUGCUAUUGUGACAUAUUGGAUAUGAAUUGGGUGGUUAAGACAAUUCUGUGGUUACGGUGCUCCUUUAACUGCCCUACAGAUAGUUUCACAGAAUGGCCAACUCAAACAGUUGAGCAGCUUUUUUUCUGUGACAAAACACCAAUUUCUUUAAGCUAGCUUUGUUUUUUUGGCGGCUAUCUUUCCACAUUAACACCUCAAAUUCACUUUUUUGUUUCCCACUAGUCUCUCCUUUGAGUGAACUGUGCUCAUUGUGUACAUAACCGUGCCAAACAAGGGUCACUUCCCCUCAGCGGAGGAAGGUUUGGGGUGUGUUAAAGGGUCCAAGUUCAGCUGAUGCUCUCAGCUGGACAUCCUUGCGGUUCUAAAGAUGCCAGUUUGUAAAUGCUUUGUUUUUUCUAAACUGUGUUUUACCGGGAUGAAACCUGUCUUAACUGCACCGGGACUGGGGAGAAAAUACAAAAUGAAAACAAAAAAGAGAAAAAAGAAAAUCAUGGAGGCACUGUGACCGGGCCGAGGAACGCCUCCUCAAAAGUUGUACAAAAUUAGUUGAUUUCUGUGUUGUAAAAUAAUCAAUGUUUGAAGUAAAAAAAAAAAAAACUUUUCUGAGAGAUGGGUGGCAAUUCUAACUUCAUGGUAGACAAAACUGUUAAUAGAGUACGGAUAUAUAUUAUAUAAAUAUAAAUAUAUACUUUUUAUGUGCAGAUGUGGAUGUCACUUAUAGCAGCAACAUUAUGGAAAAAGACUUGUAAAAAACAAAAAAAACAGCUACAUGUAGGAAUUUUGUUCACAUUUUAUUUUCUGAUCAACACACUAAAUUGUCGACUUUGUGUAGUAAUGUUGUUGCUAUGUGGAGUAGAGUAGACCAGGGCCCAGGGAUCCACGUUUUCACUAAAGCAGUCCAAAAAGGUGCUACACCCAUGAGAAGUAUUUCCAACAUGUCUGUAUUUUAACUGUGCACAAAAUGUUUGUUCCCCUUUGGAUUGAUAACAACGUAUUGAUUUUCAGCCACAUAACGGAGAACGAUCACAAGUUUGAUUUUUGUAAAUCCUAUGCAUGAAAACGCCCUAAUUAAUUAGUCUUAUUAUGCUAAAUAGCCAAAAUUGCACCCAUGAAUGCAUCAGUAUUUUUUGUCAGUAAACCUGGAACUAAAUGGUGAUUUGUUUUUCUUUUCUUUUUUUAAAGUGAGAAAGGCUAAAUUGUAAAAUGUGACAACAGACCCUGGUUCUCCCUACCCACCGCUGUUUAGAAGUCUUAGAGUCAUCUUCUGAUGCUUGAAAAAUUAUACAGUAAUACAACUGUCCCCACAAAAACUGGAUGAAAAACAGACAGAGUGUAUUUGUUAGUAAGCAUCUGGAAACGUUAUGUAUGUCCUUGUGAUCCGUAGGCAGAAAAACCUGACUAUAAGACCUGUAUGGAGAUAUAACGUUGGUAACCUUUUUGUUGCUAGACCAAACGUGUUUUAAAAAGAGAAUUGUGAAUCUUUCUAUUGCCUCAAACAGAUUGCAACUACUCCAAAAAAUAUAAACAGACCAUCGAAGAA